AUGUGGACCCCCAUGUACUUUUUCCUCAGACACCUGUCACUCACAGAUCUCGGCUACUCCACAGCUGUGGGGCCAAAGAUGCUGGUGAAUUUUGUUAUGGAUCCAAAUACAAUCUCCUUCUACUGUUGUGCUGCACAGCUGGCUGUCUUUCUUGUGUUCAUCAUAUGCGAACUUUUCAUCCUGUCUGCCAUGUCUUACAACCGCUACGUGGCCAUCUGCAAGCCUCUGGUCCACACUGUCGUCAUGUCCCAAAAAGUGUGUCGUAUGAUGGUAGCAAUUCCGUACCUUUACAGCGUAUGUGUCUCCCUUCUAAUCACCAUAAAGAUUUUCACUCUGUCAUUUUGUGGGUGCCAGAUCAUCAGCCACUUCUGUGACAGCCUCCCCUUGCUAUCUUUGCUCUGCUCAAAUACACACGAAAUCGAAAUGAUCAUUUUGAUCUCAGCAGGUUUCAAUUUGGUUUCCUCUCUUGUGAUACUGCUCUUCUCUUAUGUGCUCAUCCUUGUAGCCAUUUUCAGGAUGAAGUCCGCAGAGGGCAGGCGCAAGGCCUUGUCCACCUGUGGGUCCCACCUGACCGUGGUCACCGUGUUCUAUGGGACUUUGAUAUUCAUGUACGUGCAGCCCAAGUCCCGCCACUCCUUUGACACUGACAAAGUGGCCUCCAUAUUUUACACUCUGGUCAUCCCCAUGCUGAAUCCUCUGAUCUACAGCCUGAGGAACAAAGAUAAUCAGUGUCCUGGAAGCGUUGUCUACCACCCAAAGCGCUCACAGGGCUCCAGGCCCGCACCCGGGGGCCCCAGGGCUGCUCCUCAGAGCCGGAGCAAGCUAAUGGCGCAUUUAGUCAUGACGAAUCUCUCCGUGGAAGCUGACUAG